UCUAACCUUACUUUUUCUCUUUUACUUAAUAUUCAAGGAACCAGUCUUUUCAAAUCAAAAAUGUUUUCUAAUAGUUACUUCAUAAGAUCAGUUCAUGUCGUACGUAAUUUCCACCUCUCAAGUCAACGGUUGGAGAUCCAAAAAAUGACCAGACUCAGGGUGGUUGAUAACAGCCCUAUUGGCAAGCAAGCAAUGGCAGAAGGAAAACCUCCCAGAUGCAUACAAGUUUAUAAUAAAACUGGAAUAGGAAAAAUUGGUGACAAGGUUCUGGUAGCAAUAAAAGGUGAAAAGAAGAAGGGGAUUCUUGUUGGAUUAAAGCAGAAUCAAAAUGCCAAAGUUCCCAAAUUUGACAGCAAUAACAUUGUUCUCAUUGAUGAUAAUGGAACGCCCCUUGGUACAAGAAUACAUGUUCCGAUACCUACAAUACUUAGAACGAUUUUAAAAGAGAAGACUCACGCCAAAGGAGCAGAUUACACAAAAGUUUUAGCUAUUGCUUCUAGGUUUGUUUAGUUUCUCAUGUUAUAUUUGAUAGAUUUCAAUAUAUUUAUAUAAGUACAUAA